UUUCUGAAUGUAUACAAUAAAUAAAUGCAAAUAAUUGUAAACAACUUUAUAUCGGCAUUUAAUCUUUUAUAAACUCAAAUAUUACACAAACAAAAUAUUUGAAAUGAAAUUGAGCGAUGUCGGACCUAAAAGCUGCCGGGUAUGCUUAAAGCGGUCACCGAAAUUGCGUUCGCUUUACAAACCCUUGGACGAGGGUGAAGAACCGCCAGUUGAGAUGUUACGUCUAAUUACGGGUGUAACACUGGAAGAGGCCUAUAACUUCGAGACUCUGCCGAAAUGUAUAUGCAAAAAUUGCGAGUUGUCACUAAGUUUGGCUUACCAAUUUCGUGCUAAGGUAUUACGUACACACAAUAUAAUAGAAACUUACCGGAAACAAGUUUUGAAUACAAACGAAUUGAACUCAUAUGAAAACCAAACCUCAUCUGUAAAAGUAGAGCUGGAAGGCUUGACCAACGAAGAGUUUUAUGUAAGUGAAGAAAAUAUAAAGAAUAAUAAGGAAAUGAAAGUUGAGGUGCUGGAGUUGUCAUUCUCUGACCUAGACGAUGAUGAUAUACUAGGUAAUGAGCAGAUGCAAGAAUCAAAUGAAGGUGAUGUCAUUAAUGAAGAAUGUAAACCAGAAUAUCUUGAUGAUGUUGAAUUUUAUAACGAUGAAAACAUACCUAGCGUACAAAGGGUAGAUACACAAUCACCAGCAGAAGAGCAACACGAAGAAAGGGUGAACUUUUUUAGUUACAACACUGUCGAUGUAGAAUCAGAUAGUGAAAGCAUAGAAGACGUGUCCAUGGAAGAGGAGACUUCUUCUAUACAACGACUCGACGAAGCAAGUGGAGCUGAAGAGAACCAAAUGCCUGAGUUACAUGAUACAAUUGUGGGGGAAUGUAGGAAGCACAUGAAACAAAAGUCAUCAACCAAAGUUAUUGUUCAUAACAAAGAGAAACAAAAAGGAAUCAUGGUUGAAACCAAUUUGGACGCACCAAAGAAAACUUAUAAGAAAACUGAUAGAUCGGGUAGUAAUACUGCACACAUUUGUGAUAUUUGUGGAAAUAUUUAUGCGAAACGCGGACGCAUGAUGGAACAUAGAAGACGGCAUGAUAAGGAGCUUCGUUUCUCCUGCGAACUUUGCGAUAAACGUUUUCAUCUACGCGAGAAGCUGCGCAAACAUAUGUUUCUGCACACAGGUGGCAAACCGUACAAAUGUUCUUUUUGUAGUAGAACCUUCUUCUAUGAAAGCGUAAAGAAAGCACACGAGGCCGUUCACAGUGGCGCGAAACCGUAUGUUUGUGAUGAGUGCAACAAAGCCUUCGCCUAUGCCCACGCCCUAAGUAAACACAAGUUAAUACAUGCCGAUAUUAAGUUGUAUCAUUGUGAGUAUUGCAAUAAGGAUUUCCGUUUACAGCAUCAUAUGAAACAACAUAUUGAAACAAAGUUACAUCAAAAUGCCGUGCGGGUCGCCCAAAUGGCCCAAUCCGACAGGAAAACUCUUGUACCAAGCCCUACCUAGAACGCAUAGUAUACAUAUAUUUAUACGUGAAUGAAAAAAUUGCAUAUUUUAUUCGCACUUUUUAUUUGAAUGUAGUUAAAAUAUGUAACGCAUGUGGAAUCCAAUUUUAUUAGUAAUUUAAUGACUUAGUUCUAAACGCUUAUGCAAAUAGGUAUACAUAUUCGAAUAAAAAUUUAUCCUCAAUAUAAACAUAA